AUGAAUCGCAAGGGGUAUAAGGCUCUUCCAAGGGAAUAUGAUGAGGGUUUUAGUGAGGAAAGAGUUAGGCAUGCAUUGAACAAAGAUGCUCCCAGCAAAAUAUAUGAGGAGUUCAUUGUGCAGAGGUUGCAGGAAAUUAUGGAAACUGCUCAGUCUGAUUCGAAGAAACCUGCCACAUUCGGGCGUGCAGCCGCCGCAGACGUUUUUUUGCGUCAAGAUGCACCCAUUACUGUAACAUUUGCUAUGCUGGCGACUUCGUGCGCGAUGCACCCCACUACCGACGUUGUUACGUUUUCAGUGUUGUUCGCCGCGCUGUACACGUCGUGCAUGGCAUUGCAGGUACUUCUUUUAUGGUUACGCAUAACCGAAAAGAGACAGUCAGCUAUUUCUGUCAUGCAAAAAGUCCUCACACGGUGGAAAAAGCGUCUCGUAGAGGGACCACCGAGGGAUAAAUUGGAUCGCCGCACUGUGUUUCGUUUGUUUUCUUCUUUCCUUCCAGCUAGCGCCUUUCGUAUUGUGGCUGUUGUGGAUACAACGACGGGGCGGCUAAAGCGUACUCUGAAAUGUCUUGUGAUGAAAGGGGCUCUUCGACUUCAAAGGACGACGUUGAAGGUGAGUCGUCACACGGAGCCAAUUGAGUUAUUUAAACUCGUCGACAUCGUGCGAAUGAUACUGAAGGGUGAAGCCGUGAUGUUGAGAUCACUUCCAGAUAUGGCUCCUCCACCCCGGCACCCAAACGUAACCGUCGACGCCAACAUCAAUGGUACAGGGGUAGAAGGAAAUGACGAGGACAUAUCAACAGAUGAGAGUGAUGACGAAUACGACACGCGAUGUGAGGCGAAUAGUGUUCAUGCGCUGUCGGUACCGCAACAGAUGGCUUUUCUUGUGUAUCGCUUCGUUCUUCUUGCUUGGUUGCUGGGCAUCGUGGCGUGUACUUUUUCUGGUUACAUAUAUCACGUACUCACCGAUAUCCCGCUGAGUGACGGCGUCUUUCUGAAUCCUGCUGUAGCAUUACUUGGGUUACUACCUGUAAACGCAAAGUUGCUGAAUAGCAUCCUCGUUAUGUAUGCGAAUGUGAACCUUGAGUGUCUAUUUCGUCAUCUUGUCUCUAAAACCACACACGCUGUUGAUGAUCGGAUUCCGAGACUUCCCUUCCGGGCAACUAUGCAAGCUUUCCGCCGUGCCACAUCAGCUACCUGCAGUCGACCCCCAUUAUGUUUUUCUUCCUCAUUGGUCGAAACACUUGGAACCACAACCGUCGUGGCUCUGCUCGACACAACAGGCGUAGUGACCGAUAUGGUUCCUCUUCCCACACGGUUGCUUAUGCUUAAGAGUUACACAGCACCGGAAACCCCCAGUAGCACAAGCAGCACUACAACCAGCGAUAGCGAUAACGACGAAUUUAAUGGCGCUGCUGCCUUUACAGGUCUUGAUCAUAGCAAUGACCCGGACCCGUUCCUGAGAGCAGCGAACUUUGACCCAGAGUAUCGUUUGGCGUUGAAGCGUCAAGUCCGGCAAAAGAAAACACAGAAGAGGAGGUUCCUGGAGUUGCAACUUGCACCUGGUACCGAUGAUGAUCUUGCUGUGCAGUUUGCCGACUGCAAGGAGCGGCAAAAGUGGGAAAAGAAUGUGGACUCCCUUUCACUGUGUUUGUUGAUUCAUGCUAUGGCACCUGAGCCGACCAAAUUCGAAACGUGGCAGGAGCCGCUUAGGUUUUGUGACCAAACACCCCGGUGGGGUCCCAGCAUACACUGGGUGCCGCGUGCAAGCGAAUUCGAUGAUUCAUUAGCUAAGUCAUUUCGAAUUGUGGCACGUAUAUUUCAUAUCAAUACGGUGUCUUGGCCGGGACGCUCCAGAGAGUGCCCGGAACAGACUUGCACGCUCCUGGUGGUCGCCAGUGAUGGUCUAUUACACGCAUUUACUGUCGGUACCGUUUGUAUGGUAACUCACAGUUGCCCAUUUCACUUUAACGGCUAUGAAAUUGAAGGGUUCGAUGAAGAGUUACGAGAGGAAGUAGUUAAUACUGGCACAGUGGUGUGGAAAGACGGAAGAGGAUUGGAAACCGUGGCGGCCUCGCACGCUAUGCUACCGGACAAAUUUCGUUCCUGUGCAGAGGCUUUGCCGCGGGAGGACGGCUCGUACGCUGAGUUUUUGUUUUAUAAUGGGGUGCAGAUUACCGCUGAGAACUGUCUAGCCGAACUUAAGUUGUCUCCAUCGGGGGAACCGUCGACAAAUGGAUGUGAGGGGACAAAUGAAGGGGUACCACGCGAAUGUUUCCUAGGAGUGCCGACGAACACGAAUGGUUCAACGCCUGCAACCUCUGAAGCAGACGUUAUAGGUGCCAUCAACAGCAACGAGAGAGAUGCAAUCAACGAAGGGAAUAGCUUCUGUUGCAGCAAGGGAUUUACAGACAUUCAUGGAAACUCCCGCCUUUCGUUUGUUCCCACUUCUGUUGAACUACUAGGCGACCUUCUUCAUGUUCUUAUUAACGGCUCGCACGCCUUCUUGGGGCUUGUUGGACUUCAGGAUUCCAUUCGCCCCAAUGUACAGAAUGCGAUGUCAGUUCUUGAUGAAGCAGGUAUCCGUUGCAUGUACUUCUGCUCUGACGGUGAAAGGCGGACCAAAAGCCUCGGAAAUCGCUUGGGCCUUGAAACGGAUUGGAACUGCUGCAUUUCUUUGGACGAAGGAGCCAAGGACCUUGACGCUCACAGCAUUCGAGCACAGCUACCAGUGGGGAUAAAGUCCAUUAGGCGACAUAUCGUACACGUAGACUCCAUUCCAUUGCAGGUUAAUAUGUUUUCCCACGCACACAGCGCAUCGACGCGUGCGAUGCUUUCCAUCUUGCAAGACAACCACGAGGUUGUGUCCGCCAUUGGGUCGACGUUCAACCAUAGCAACGUUCGGAGCUACAUUCAGGCGGACUUGUCUGUUGGAGUUCUUCCGCAGAGGCGCGGAGCUGUAGAAGACAAGGAGGGACUAUGCUUAGAAAAUCAAAAGCGUAUUAGUGAAUCAUCUGAUAUUCGUAGUAUGAAGUCUGAGACUGGUGAUCAGUUACUCUAUCGCGAUGUAGUGGACCUGAUUGGCUGUGCCUGCACGCUCUCGGAUACCUCGACCACCUCAAUGUUACCGAUAGUGACAACUUUGAUUCGACAGGCAAGGUUUCGGCUAAGUGGAAUAGGCAAUUGCAUUUCCUUUGUGAUGCAUGCAAACUUUUUUGUUACAUUUUUGAAUGUAAUACCCUUGAUAAUUGGUGGGCCGCUCCUGAUACAGCCAGCAGCUGCGGUGUUUGAGCUCAAUGUUAUCAUACCCAUCCUAGCUCUCUCGUGCACCUACACUGCGUAUGCGGACAAGGACCCAAUGAAGAGCAUUCAAUCGAGGCAUAAUCAUUUCGUCCGACUUAAAAUAUUGCGUCACAGUGCUGUCGUGUGGUGCCUGCGGUACAUUCCCUCACUUGCCGCGUUGUUGGCUCUGGGCAUAACGUGUGGUUUACAAAAGUGUGAUAAGGGAAGUUUGCAUGAGCUCGCGCUCUCUUCAUCCGAUAAAUGUAUGGCUGCAACGCGUGGUUACAUUGGACUCACGUUGAAUUAUUGGCUGAUGUUUCACAGCUGGACGCACAUGAGUCGUUACGACAGACUUUCACCCGCAUUUCUAUUUAAACCUCGUUACGGUGGACAAUACAUGUACUUAUUCACAUCUGCUCGGUGGGUCGCUGCCAAUGCGCUAACCGUAUUCUUCAGUGUUGCGUUUGUUGUCGCGGAAACCUUCUGGGACGGCAUACUUGAAGACGCCUUCUUUCCAUCACGCACUCACUUCUACAUCUCCGCCUUCUUCCCCGUGCUGUUGGUGUUAUUGGAUAUACCAAUAAAGUCGUGGAGGUUGAAGCGCGCAACUUUAAUGCAAAAGUUCCGUCAGUUGUCUUUCGGUACGCGGCUGGGGAUGCAUUCACCGCGAGGAGACUAUGAACCGGAAGUUGGUUCGGCCACCGGUUGUAGCGGAGGAGCCAAUGAGUGCGGAGGCGGGGUACAGGGAAGCACAUCAGACGCCAACGUACGUAAUGAACUACCGCUGCGGCGUAGGUUGCAGGAUGCCUUUUAUCGCUUCACAACCAUGCGCAGGGGAAAACUGGAACUUAACUGCGUAUGUUGUGAUCAUAUCGGGGGUAACUACGCCACGUAUCACAUUAACGCAAACGACAUGUAA